AUGUGGGGCCCGCGAGUCAACGACAACCGCGGCUCUCGCGUGAUCGAGUUUGCGGCGGCGCGAGCGUUGUUCGUCCUGAAUGACGCGGCGUCCCCCUUUACCUACUCCAACAUCUACACGGCCAGUUGGAUAGACGUGACGCUGGCGACCCCCGCGCUCGUCCGUCGAGGGUGCAGGUGGAGCGUGUCGUCGGACGUGACGUUCUCCGAGCACCGAGCAAUCGAUAUGGUGCUGCACAGCGGCUGCGUGCGAGGGAGACGUUUAACCAGGUGCGGCCGACAAAACUUUGUUGCUGAAUUGCGAGACCUCCGGUGGUUCGAGCGGACUAGCGGCGCGAACAUCAGCUCGCCACAGGCGCUCGACAUGAUGCUCAGUAAAAUGUAUGAGGUCAUUGAUAAAACACGCCGCAAACAUCUCAGGCCGGUCCUCCCGCACAAGCCGGGAAAGAGCUGGUGGACACCGGACCUGCAGCUCGAGAAGAGCCGAACGCGGGCCCUGCGGCGCCGAUUCCCGAGAUGCCGGGACGACGCGCUGCGGCCGAUCCACCGCCGGCGGUAUAGCGAGGCGCUCGCGAAAUUCUGUCGCAGGAUCGAAGACGCUGAGGCGACGGACGCGCGCAAGCAGUGCGACGACUGCAGCCUCAAGUCGCUGUUUUCCGCGCCGUUCCGGGCAGCCUUCGGCAAAGGCAAAGGACGACUACAGUUACCACCGUUGAAAACACCAGACGGCGGUCGGACGGAAAGCGUCCUGGAGUCGGCCGAACUGCUUCCCAACACCCUGAUCGCCAAAGACGACGCCGACGCGGACCUGCCAACACACAAAGCGAUCCGCGAGCAGAGCGCGCGGCCCUAUGUAUCGCACGAGCGAGACCAUCAAUUCACCGCCGUAGAGAUUGAAGCGACGCUCGCCAAUCUCGUGAACGGCUCCGCCCCGGGUCCAGACGGCUUGACGACAGACGUAGUGGUCGCGCACUGCACGUCCCACUGGCGUUUCAUAUUAAAACAUCUUUAA